AUGACUGUGCCAUCAAGCUAUAAUGUGGCUGCGAAACAAAAGCGCCCGGAUAUCAUCGAGAUGGCGAAGGGUCUGCGGGAUACGCCCAUGUGUGAAGAUUAUGAGAAGAUGGUCUCAGGCAUGCUCUAUGACCCUUUCGUACCGGUCUUGAUCGAAGCGCGCCAUCGUGCUCGUGGUCGCGCAGCCGACUUCAAUAACCUCGACACAAAGACGGUCGACUCUGCGAAAAUAGCCGACGUCCGUCUAGAGCUACUGAGAAAGCUCCUGGGAAAAGUCGGAGACAAUACUUUCAUCGAACCACCCUUUCUCCCUGACUAUGGGUGCAAUAUUUCCAUCGGCAAAGAUACUUUUAUUAAUUGGAACAUGACCGUACUGGACACCAGCAUCGUAGUCAUUGGCGACAGAGUGAUGAUCGGCACCGGUGUCAGCCUGUUGUCCGCGGGCCACGAUACCAGUGUUCUGUCUCGCCGCAAACUCGUCGAGUUCGGCCAUCCGAUCUUCAUCGGCAACGAUUGUUGGAUCGGAGCAAAUGUCAUCAUCUUGCCUGGAGUUUCCAUUGGCGAGGGCUGCACUAUCGGCGCCGGGUCCGUGGUGACCAAAAGUAUUCCGCCCUUUUCUGUGGCCUAUGGUAAUCCGUGUCGGGUGAAAAGAACCAUUCAGUCCGCUGAAGAAGAGGAGAAGGAUCCCAAUAACCCAUACCGGGAUCUUUGA